UGUAAACACAACCGUUGCAGACGAGUGUUGCUAUCAGAUGAUAGUACCAUUAGCUAGAGCGCUUUUGUUAUUGUGUAAUAGACUUUUUAUCUUUAUUUAUACAUUUUAUAUAUAGAAAAGUUAAGUACACAGUAACGCAGUUUAAGAAUUAAUGGAUAAUGUAUCAGUGAGCGAGUGAUGUCAAAUCAAAAGGCAGUGUUGUUGUUGGCUCGUGAUAGUUAGCAUUAGCUUAACCAAUGACAAAGCGGAGCUCUGGUUUGGUAUCUAGCUAGCACGAAAACGUUGUUAGUUAUCAGUUUAGGUGCUAUUUAACGCCAUUUCCCGAGUAUUUUUCUUUCUUGUGGUUAUUAAAUCAUUUGUGACACCCGACAAAGAAAAAUGAAUCACGGUAUCCCGUCAUUAUUUACGUAAUUGGGUAGUAGUAGUUUGGCUAAAGAGAUAGGCCAUGAAUUGACACCUCGUUGUUGUCUUACAAAAAGAAAACUGCCGAGCAUAUAUAAGCAGAUCUGAACAAAAGAAAAUAAGAAGAUCCUAAAAGGUAUUUUCAUGUUGACUGAAAGCAGGAAACGACAGCACAGUGGUGGCAAUGAGCACAGUGACCACCUGGUGCCUCAAGCCAAAAGGCAAAGCAGAGCUCAUCCUCUUUCCCCGGAGCCAGGGCGAGAUGCGUGGGACUCUGAGUCAUCCAACAGUGAGAGCAACAGCAGCAGCAUCAACAGUCCAGAACAUGCAGCAGGCAGUCGGUGUGCCGUGGGCCCCUGCAGUCCCCUCGGCUUUGGUACCGCUUCAGAGGCGCUCGGUCUGACCAGCCAGGCGUCAUACCUGCAGAUCAACCGCAUCCUCAGGGAGGCCCACUUCUACAGCCUUCAAAGCCGAGGUCAGCUCAGAGACACGUGAUAGGAUAAAGAAAAAAUGUCCCUCAGUCAGCCGCCAAAGGACUGAUGCUCUGAAGCAUGUCACAGCAUCACAUGCUGAAUCCCGUCACUCGGCUCCUGUUACAGCAAAGAUGUGUAUGCAGAGGCCAACAUCUGGUCGGGUGUCAGCAGACAGAGAUUUUCAGUUUAGCAAUAAAACUGACACCUGUGAUCAUCUUGAAACAAUCUCUGCUCCCCUUGUUUUUUUGACCAGCCAUGUUUACUUGCUGCAUCGGGAGCCUCAUUGGGACUGAUGGACGAGCAGACAUAGUGUUUUGUCUUAAAUGUUUUAUUAUGAGCUGCUUAAGUAGCACAAACCCAGCUUUUUAGGUCGUUUAGUGGGACUUUAGUCAUAAUAGUUGGUACCUGGGUUUCAUAAUGCAAAAUGUAAAGCAGAUUCCUGCAUGUGUGUGGACCAGUCUCAGGGAGAGCAUUCUCAUGUCUUGGAUUGCUCAUUUCCUGUCAUACUCUAACAGGGACUCCCCUAAAAGAAGCUGGAAGCCCCCAAAUGGUAGCUUGGGUAGGGGGGUGGGGAGUCUUUUUCUUAGUUAGGUGUCAUUAGAACAAUAGAUUUGAGAUACAAGUGAGCAUAGGAUUUGGUCUUAGACAGGGUUUUAAGCCACUAGCUUAGCAAGGCAGACCAUUUUUUAUCACGUUUUCUCCACCAUCAGCAAAACUUAAGAGUUUCUUGCAUCUAAAUGUCAAAAAUACAAACCUUUAAGGCAAACCUGAUGACUAAAAUAUGAUUUUUAAUUCUUUCUUUUUUUUUUUAAAUCCUAGCCAUGGUUUAAAAUCAAUAUCAUGAACUAGUAAGAACCUCUUGUUGCCUUAUAACCUAAUGGGGGGGCUAUGUGACAGAACUCUUCUCUCAGGGUCAUCACCACACUGUAGACUGUCCGAUGGAAAAAGGCAGCACCACAUUACUGCUUGUAGAUCCUGAAAGAAGUCAACCAAAAUAAGAGCGACAAAGAUGAAACAUUUUGAUCCUAAAGAUAAUACAAGUUGGUUUUUGCCUCUUUUUUUUAAUUAUUAUUUUGAUCAGCAAUCAUGGAAAAAGCACAAUAUAUUCAAUGCAAGAAAAUGUGUUUCAAUCUUGAGAAAAAGAAAAUUAUUUUGUCAUUUAAAGCAGCAUUUUUUUUUUACCCUGUAGCUCUUUCUUUCCUCUCACAAAGCUGACACAAUGUGCUUUUGACAAUGAUUAUAUGUGCUUUAACUUCUUUUUUUUUACUUUUAAGGUCUGUUCUUUUAUUUUGACUUCAUUAUAGUGUGAAAAAAAGUUUAAACCACGUGGGAACAACAACAAUUUCAAAGAUAAGAACAAAACUGCUUCAACCUUUAGAAAUCACCUGAACUUAUCAAAGUAAUGAUCUGUAGUUGGUUUAAAAUGACCAAAAGUCUAAAAAGCCGAGAACUCUCUAGAAUAAAAGCUUAUUUUUACCGACCAGUGCCACAAAAGUCACUCCCAUUAUUGAAAUUUGUUAUUUUUCUUAACCAAAUUCACACUGAAGGCGUGUUGAUUCCCAAACUGCUGCUGUUACCAGAUGAUUCCACUAGAGGGCACACUCAAGACUUGUAGCUUUCAGAAUGGCAGGAUUUAAACAACACAAAACAUUUUAGUUCAAUUGUGGUAUUGGGGUCAAAGCAUAACUAAUUAGAUGUCUUGUCAUAAUUUGUAUCUUAGUGUACAUCCGCUUUAUCUUUUUUGCGCUUACUUGGUGUUUAAUGCUGAAGCUUAAAGAUAAUGUAGGAAUUUUUCUUGGUGAAUUCACUCAUCUAUAUCAAAAUUCCAUCACCUGCGCGUGCUUUUAAUCAACAACAUUUCUGUAUCAGUUGUUUUGACUAUGAAACAUAAAGGGACAUGUGGGUAUUUCUCUCCAGAAAGCUUUUAAUAUCCAAACUUUGUUUGCAAAAUUAUGAGGAGGACUGAAAUCCUGCUUAAACUGCAAAAAAGACUUCUUGUUUUUGCACUAAACAAAGGCUCCUGAUUGAAAACCCUGUCUGCAGGUGCAUGUCCUGGCAUCUCAAUAAGAAGGUAUUUUCUUUAUGCACAAUACUCUGAUUUGUAGUUAUUUUUAAAGGUAAGAGUGUAUGCUUCUAACUGAAUGUGUUAUAUUUGCAUACAUUUUAUUUUUUUCCCCCCUAAUUAUUUAUAUUUUUAAAUCUGAAAUGUACCUUAUUGAUGUGAAAUAGUUUUUCUGGUGUCAAAUAAAAUUGAAUUUGUACGCACA